ACGCUAUAAAAGGCUCCAGGCGGCGAACAGAGAUGCACAGCAAUCUGGGGCUCUCCAGGGAAUCCUCCUGCUCCGGUUGGGACCAUGGGAAAGAGAGUGGCUGUGGUGCUGGCUGGCUGUGGGGUGUACGACGGGAGCGAGAUCCACGAGUCUUCUGCCGUGCUGGUGCAUCUCAGCAGGGAGGGGGCACAGGCAGAGGUUUAUGCUCCUGAUGUUGACCAGAUGCAUGUGGUGGACCAUGUGAAAGGACAGCCAACUCAGGAGAAGCGCAACGUGCUAGUUGAAAGUGCCAGAAUAGCCAGAGGCAACAUCAAGGAUCUAGCAAAGCUGGAUGUCAAGGGGCUGGAUGCCCUAAUCAUACCAGGUGGCUUUGGAGUGGCUAAGAACCUGAGUACCUGGGCCACCCAAGGCAAGAACUGCAUCAUCUCCAAAGAGGUGGAGGAUGUCCUGAAGGCAUUCCACGCUGCCAAAAAGCCCAUUGGCCUGUGCUGCAUUUCCCCAGUGCUGGCAGCCAAAAUCUUCCCAGGCUGCGAGCUGACUGUGGGUCAUGACACAGAGUGUGAGAAAUGGCCUUAUGCAAAGACUGCUGAGACCAUGAAGGAGCUUGGCUGCAAGCAUGUGAACAAACACGUCACUGAAAUCCACGUGGAUGUGAAGAACAAGCUGGUGACCACGAGCGCCUUCAUGUGCAAUGCCCCCAUUCAUGAGAUCUAUGAUGGCAUCGGAAAAAUGGUCAAAGAAGUGGUCAGACUUGCCUGAACACCACAGAGCCACAGAAUCCACCUCCUCCGGAGUGCAGGCACCGAGCCUCAGAUAACGUUCUUCCCCUUUUACACCCACACGUCAACAGGCAAACUGCCACUCAGACAGAGUUCUUCCCCCGCACCGGACCACUGGUGGCUGCUGAGGAGGGAGAACUCUGGAACAAUGGAAGCGUUGUCGUGUUCUGCCAAGGAGACGCCACUUACUGCCAGCAAACUGGCAGUAACUGGAGUGUGGGCACACACCGAGCUGGCAUGCAGAAGCCAGCGGGGCUUCCAUGGGGCUCAGACACAGCCGUUGUCUUUGGUUCUGAGUGGCUGAGGAGUUGCCUGGGUCAUGUCAGCCAUGACUGGGCUGACCUGCCAUGUGCAUAUCAUGUGGCAACAGGGAUUGGUCCCGCUCUAACAUUCCUUACACAUCCAUCUUUGACAGUACUUCAAAGCUCCCCACCUCACCAAAGAGAUGAAUUAGUGGCAAAAGGAAGGAACACGGUUCUGCUACAGAAUAAAACCUGACACUUUUUACACGA